AUGGUCAACAUCACAUACGGCGUGCUCUCGGCGCCCGACGGCUCCACGUCGGGCUCGUCCAACUUUGCACCCAACGGCACCGACAUUAUCGUCACGUACGGUGCCGACGGCUCGAGCGUCGUUUCGUACUCGCCCGGUGACAUCUCGUGGGUGCUCACCAGCACGGCGCUCGUGUGGAUCAUGAUCCCCGGUCUCGGCUACCUCUACUCGGGUCUGGCGCGCAGAAAGAACGCGCUGCACCUGCUGCUCCUCACGCUCGCCGCCCUCGCCGUCGUCUCGUUCCAGUGGUUCUUCUGGGGCUACUCGCUCACCUUCUCCCAGACCUCGGGCGCGUUCCUCGGCAAUCUGCGCAACUUUGGCCACAUGGGCGUGCUCGAAAAUCCCGUGCCCCAGGCCAACAACAAGGUGCCCGAGAUCGUCUACUCGAUCUACCAAUGCAUGUUUGCCAACCUCGUGCCGGCCAUUGCCAUCGGCGCUGCAUGUGAGCGCGGCCGUGUCUGGCCGUUCCUCGUAUUCACAUUCGUCUGGACCACGCUCGUGUACGACGUGAUUGCCUGCUGGGUCUGGAAUCCGACGGGUUGGGCAUUCAAGUGGGGCGUCCUCGACUACGCCGGCGGUGGACCCGUCGAGAUCAACUCGGGAAUCACCGGACUCGUCAUUUCCUACUACCUCGGCCCACGCCACGGAUACGGCACAGAGCGUCUGCUGUUCAAGCCGCACAACGUCUCGCACAUUGUGCUCGGCACCGUCUUCCUCUGGGUCGGAUGGAUCGGCUUCAACGGCGGCUCCACCUUUGCCGCCAACAUCCGCGCCGCCAUGGCCAUCAGCACCACCAACCUCGCCGCCUCUACCGCCGGUCUCACCUGGAUGUUCCUCGACUUCCGUCUGGAGCGCAAGUGGUCCGUCGUCGGAUUCUGCACAGGUGCGAUUGCCGGUCUGGUCGCCAUCACCCCGGCUGCCGGCUUUGUCGGUCUGCCCGCCUCGGUGCUCAUCGGCGUCGUUUCCGCCGCCGUGUCCAACUUUGCCACCGUGCUCAAGGGCCCCAUGCGCGUCGACGAUGUGAUGGACAUCUUCUCCGUCCACGCCCUCGCUGGCUACGUCGGCACGCUGCUCACCGGCAUCUUCGCGCAAGCGUCGGUGGCGAACAACGACGGCAUCCUCGUCAUCCCCGGUGGAUGGCUCGACGGCCACUGGAUCCAGCUUGCCUACCAGCUGGCGUACUGCGUUGCUGUCACGGCGUGGUGCGGCGGUGUGACGUUUGCCAUCAUGUUUGUGCUCGACCACACGCCCUUCAUCGGGCCCUUCCGCGCGUCGGAGCUCGGCGAGGUGGUGGGUAUGGACGAAGACCAGUGUGGCGAGUGGGCGUACGACUACGCCUUUAUCAACCGCGACCUCGAGGGCAACUACCAGCCCAACCAUGGUCAGACGCUCGACAUGCACGAGAAGGUGGCGCAUACCGUUCACGACAGCUCGCUCAGCUCACAGACCAACGAGAGCGAUCAGGACACCGCCGCGCGCAGCAACCCGCAGGUGGCAGAGACCGCUUCGCAAAAGGAAGAGCCCGUCGCCGCGCCGGCGGUUCAGCAGACAUGA